UUCUAAUUCCAAUACCUACUUCCUGUGAACCAAAUCACUCGCCCCGUCCGAUUGGACGUGCGGACAGAAUGGAUAACUUAACGCCAUCGGAUCCUCUGCACCUGCACGUCAACCGCAAACCACAGCGAGAAUCGACGGCACCACCCCACCAUGUCCUCCCCACGAGAGCCUUUCCAUUACGCCUGAAGCCAAGCUCGGGGUGGUCCUCUUACUUGAGCUAUCUGCCAUCGUGGGACCCAUUCCCUGGUGGUAGGUCAUGUCCUACGAGCAAUGCCGGAACCAAGACCGUAGCCGGCUUUCGGAACCCUUGGCCGAGCUGGUAUACACCGACGUGCUUCCAAGUCUGGCAUCAUCUCAGCUGGGGAGAAGAUCACGAUCCAUGCAUCGACCUAGCCGCUUCACACCUACGCCACUCUCCUGUCACAGACAAGCUGCCAGAGAAGAGAAAACGACCACGCUUCAACGAUGUUAAGGACUGGCCUGGUUCUGCUGGCGCGAAGGCUGCACGACUAUUGCGUAUCGAGACCCCCGAUUUCUCUUUCGAUUCUUCGACAUCACCACAUGCCAAAGUAACAUGGCUGGGCCACGCCGGCGUCUUGGUUCAAUUACCAGCCCUUGAUGCUGCCAAAGGGUCUCGACCUAUUCGCUGUCUCUUUGAUCCCAUAUUCUCGAUGCGGUGCUCACCCAGUCAGCGAGCAGGACCCAUGCGUGCCUAUCCACCACCAUGCUGCGUCCAAGACCUACCCCCGAUCGACGCCGUCUUCAUCAGUCACAAUCACUUUGACCAUCUGGAUCAUGAUACCAUCAUGGCCAUCUGGAAGAGCAGCAAGGAAACUGUUCGCUUCUUCGUACCUUUGGGAAACCGUACGUGGUUCGUCGACUGUGGUAUAUCCGAGGAGCGAGUGACGGAGAUGGACUGGUGGGAUUCAGCCACCCUUUGCUCAUGUCCGGGAAAGGAGAGCCCCACUACACCAAGUCUCCAAAUAUGGUGCACACCGGCUCAACACAGCAGUGGAAGGGUAGGUCUCGAUGCCAAUUCUACCCUCUGGUCCAGCUGGUAUCUUUGUCGCCAAAGCCCUGAAGGUAUAUAUCGCAUCUUUUUUGCUGGCGACACGGGCUAUCAGUUUCACGGUUCCCCGGAUUGGCCUCCCAGUCCGCCGUCGGGAAAGAACACACAAAAGCCGCACACUCAGGUGAGUGACGAUACCGAAUAUCCUCCAUGCCCUGCUUUUGCCGAAAUUAGAGACAGGCUGGGCCCCCCAAACCUGCUACUGCUCCCAGUAGCAGUCGGGUCAACAUACUUCUACUUUCGCAGCUUCGUUCCCUUACCAGACUGGAUCAAUCCUUUUCCACGGCACAGCGUCGGUAUUACUGCAGGUAUACACAUGCCGCCAUGGGAUGCGGUCCGCGUAUUUAAGCUCAUGACAGAGCUCCUGGGCAAGGACACGACCAAUGAGGGUGCAAGUGGAAGCUCAGAUCCAGGGAAAUUCACGAAUCUACACCCGCCGGUAGCAAUCGCCAUACACUGGGGUACCUUUGCGACAAAAGGUACCGAGGUUCUGAAGACUCUUGGGCAACUUGAAUGGGCUUGUCAGCAGCAGGGAGUGCACUUUGCCAGGUCCUUGCCCGUUCCUGAUAAAGAGAGCGGAACUCAUGAACCAGGAGAGAGGCCAAGAAAGGAAGUUCCUAUAUUCAUCGCCCUGAAUCAUGGGCAAUCUGUUGCGCCCAGAUAAUCGGGUAGUUUGAGGGGGAUACGCCCAAGGGAACCAUGACAUUGGAUAGUGUGUCCGUCGAUAUUUGACAAGUUCUUCCCGCCCCGAGCAGCUCCGCUGCGAUUCCCCCAAAUCAGCUGUCAGCCCUUCCUCUUCAUGCCAUACCACGAUACGUUCUAGUAGCUGAUCACAGGGGUUGCCCAAAUAUCCUCGUUUCAGGGGCAUAAUCAUGGUCCACCUUGACAAACUCCCAAGUCAUUCGCUGCUUAUCCACAUCCGCAGUCUUUAGGUUCAUUGCUGCGAGACUCAUGAUCGGCCGAACAGACACCGCCUUGACCGGUAAAAGACACACAGUUUUUUUGAGAUCAACCCUCUUCAGAAGCAGAUAUCCUUUGUCAUCCACGGAUUUCCUCACACAAAACUGCUCACUUUCCCCUAGAUCGGCACGCUUGAAGCUGGUCGCUCUUGAAAGAACCGUCGCGGGCGUCUUGACUUCAUUGACGCACGUACAAAAAGACUCAAGCCACAACCCCGUCGCUGCGUUCCGAAAACAAAGCCAUCCGUCUGACUCCUCG